AUGGACGACAGUACUUCCCAAAAAACGCUAAGUGCUGGAGCAAAAGAAUUCUCUUUUAAUCCAGGAGCCGUCACAUGGACGCCACCACCUCCGGCACCUGCUCCAGCUCGUGCUUUUGACGUGGCUAUGCCCGUUCCAAAAAAGGGUGGAGCUGCUGAGCUAGGUACUAAUGCUGCUGUUUCUACUCCUGAUGCUACUGCUGCUACUUUACCUGUGACUCAACUGGAGGAGAAGGUAGAGAAGCUCGUUGUACAAGAACAAAAGGAGGAGAAGGAGGAGGAGAAGAAGGAGGUCAAGAAGGAGGAGAAAAGGGUGGAGGAAGAACAGGAAGAGGAGGAAGAGGAGAAGGUCUUUGAAGAGGAAGAAGUUGGUGACGAGGAUCCUCGUGAACAUUUGAAUGUCGUGCUCAUUGGCCACGUUGAUGCCGGCAAGUCUACGCUCUCGGGCAAUCUGCUGUAUCUCAUGGACAUGGUCGACAAACGAACUAUUGAACGCUAUGAGCGUGAGGCCAAGCAACGCAACCGUGAUAGUUGGUUCCUUGCCUACAUUAUGGACACGGGCGAGGAAGAACGAACGAAGGGAAUCACUGUUGAGGUCGGACGUGCCCACUUUGAGACUGAAAACCGUCGUUUUACAAUUUUGGACGCCCCGGGGCACAAGAACUAUGUGCCUAACAUGAUUCAGGGUGCGUCACAAGCUGACGUGGGUCUCCUUGUGAUCUCGGCGCGUAAGGGCGAGUUCGAGACGGGCUUCGAGCGUGGUGGACAGACGCGUGAGCAUGCAAUGCUGGCAAAGACACUGGGCAUCAACAAGCUUGUUGUCAUCAUCAAUAAGAUGGAUGAGGCAAACUGGGGACAGGAGCGAUUUGACGAGUGCGUCAACAAGCUUCGUCCGUUCCUGCGCACGUGUGGCUUCGCGGUAAAGCGUGACGUAGCUUUCAUUCCUGUGUCUGGCCUUCAUGGUGAUAAUGUCAAGGUGCGACUGGACAAGGCUAAGGCUCCGUGGUACGAUGGCGACUCGCUCAUCGAUUUCAUGGACAAAAUGCACAUUGCUAAUCGUAACCCGGAUGGAGCUUUGCGUGUGCCAAUCUUGGAUCGUUACUCUGAGCGUGGUACCAUCGCCUUGGGUAAGGUGGAGUCAGGUAUUCUCAAGACAGGCCAGAAGGUGGUGCUGAUGCCCACGAGCACUUCGGCUGUGGUUAACCAAGUGUACAUUAAUGAGCUGCCGGUGCGUACUGCCAAGCCUGGCGAAAACGUGACUAUUCGUCUGUCCAGCGGUAUGGAUGAAGUUCAAAAGGGCUUCGUGCUUUGUGGCGUCAAGGAGGAGAUUCAACCGCGCGCCAUCCAUGGUUUUGCGGCGCAAAUUGCCCUUGUGGACACCCUGGAACACCGUCCAUUGCUGACGGCUGGAUAUAAGUGUAUUCUGCACAUCCACACCAUAGCUCAGGAGUGCGUUGUUGCGAAAUUGCUCCGCCCCAUCGACCCGAAGACGGGCAAGCCGGUGAAGAAGCAUGUGGCUUUCAUUAAGCAGGGCCAAGCCGUUGUGUGCCGAAUUGAGGUGGACCAGAGCAUUACAAUUGAGACGUUUGCCAACAUGCCUCAGCUUGGCCGUCUCACUCUUCGUGACGAAGGUAAGACGAUUGCUAUCGGUAAGGUGCUGGCGCUGGAGAAGUAG